AUGUCUUCGAUCACCAACGGAAGCGACGGCGAUGGCGGCGGCGACACCGAGACCAGCCCCGAUGCUGGACCCAAGACCAACCACAACCUGAGCAUCGUCUACAUCGACCACAACCUAGACAAGUCGAUCGAUGAACCCACCUAUGAUGAUACGGCCGAGAACACCAGCCAUCCCAACUUGACUGUGGUAUAUAUUGACCACCAUCUGGACGGCUCGAUCUCGUCUGACACCGGUGCAGUGAUCCAAAAUCAGCAAGGGCUGUUUCGUCUCCCUCCCGAGCUACGCAUCAUCAUCUGGGAGCUUCUCCUUCCAGGUGAAAGGAUUCUGCGCGCGCGGGCGCGAUUCGGACGAGAUCGGAGAAAUCCCCUCGACAACGGCUCCUCCAAGACUAAGAAGCGCCGAGGCACAUGGCAUUUCCGAGUCUACAAAUGGGAAAUCGGCGAUUAUGAAGGUCACUUCUUGAGAUUGCCAAUCCCGACUGUCCUCGAGAUCUGUAGGGAAUCUCGCCAAGUUGCCCUACGACACGGCUCAUUCAUUUUCGGUCAACGCGACAACGUUCGCGAGGCUGGAACUUGGUGGAACCCCGACCUAGACGUCCUUGCCUUCGAUCAUUCAUGGGAUCUGGAUCAGCAUCCAUGGGCACUUGAAGAGCUGUAUGGACUUGAGCACGUGAAGAAUAUCGCAAUUGACGAACAACUUGCCUGGACUUUCCGCUACAAUGCGGGUUACAACGGGAGUGAUCCCUUGGACAUCCCUCGCGAGCUUCGUGAGCCACUUGCCGUGACAUUCGAGUUCCGAGAAUCUGAUGACAGACAUCAUUUCAUUCUGGAGUUCUUUCCCCAUUUCCAGCACCUAAGCAUUCUUUUUUCUACUUUACACUGGAUGAAAUAUCACGAGCGGCUCAUUCUGAACAUGGACGUCUUCGAUGAGGAUUUCAUCCUUGAGGAGGAUGCGUGCAGCGUCACGUUUCGCUUGGGAAGUGACAUGAAAACAGCCGUGAAAGAGCUGAGGAAGUGCAGAGAGUUGUGCAUGAAGAAGACAGCGCAUGAACCUGACUUUCGCAAUUUCCAAGCACUCGUUGACGGCCCCGUCUACUCGGUCAAGGAUGAUGAUGUGGAUGUGGAUCACCUGGAGUACUGGAUGGGAGCAGGGUUUGGAAUGUGCCGGUUAGAUCAGGAUGUCCCAAUCUGA